AAGCAACCCGUUCUUAUUGUUCAAUUCUACAGCUGGGAAAAUGAAAUUGAUUCGAGUGCAAGUCGCCGAACUAUGGCGGAUUCUGGUUCUGUCUUUUGCGGGCUGGCUGGCGGUACUCGAGCUGGUAAUAUUUUUCCGAAGUUCUACCUUUUACAAACUCCACGAGUUUGUCUUCAAGCCAUACAAGGAGUCGAUAAGCAGCUAUGACGUUGGAUUGCGGGCCCAGCAGUGGGACGACAAACAAAUAGCCAAGCUACUUUACGAGAGUGUGCGUGUGCAUUGCCUGCUUUAUCUGGAGGACUUGGGCAACGGAUUCGAUGCAAUGAAGGCAGAGCACAUCCGGAAGACUUGGGGCUGUCGCUGCAAUGAAUUGAGUGUAUUCGAUUCGAGGGAGAUCAGUCUGACGGAGGCGUACCUGUGGAUCUAUCGCAACAACCACCAUAAGUUGGACUGGCUGUUGAGCGUCUCUAUGGGAACCUAUGUGAUUGUGGAGAAUCUCCGCCAUAUGCUGGCCCCCUAUUCACCCUCUCAGGCGAUCUACUUCAGUGCCCAGCACGGCUUCUAUUCCUACGCCCAUGUAGGCAAAGGAGCAACCACCGACCACAUUUUCAGUCGUGGAGCACUGGAGCACCUGACGGCGGAGAACUGCCUGCAGGAUGGCUCCAGCUUGCGGGCUUGCUUGGCUCGAAUGGAUCGAGGACCAAGCGACAAGCUUUUACCGUUUCAUGUGCAGGAAGAGGUGCUGCCCUUCCAUCUGCGCACCAAGUUCUGGCUGUGGCCUUGCACCUAUCGAUCGGUCUACGAAAAUCAAAGUCGUGAGAGCUGCUUUGGUCGUGGAAUCCUUUAUCCAUACGUCAAUUCAAAUCAAUUGCAUGUCCUGGACUUUCUGCUGUACCACCUACGACCCUACGGAUACGUCAAUCCACUGCCAGAGCUGAGGUCUGUACAUUUCCCCAAUCACAUAGAGGCCAAAGCGAUCAAUGAUACACUGGCCAGACGGCUCAGCCAAUCCGUACGGGUUCUCUGUCUAGUCCUAACCUGGCCCACAAACCACCUGAGUGGUACGAAAACCAUAAGCGAAACCUGGGGGCGCCAUUGCAACAGGGUGGUCUUCUACAGCAGCUCCCCUCACGUGGGGUCACCUGGAGUUGGAGUGGACAUUGUUGGCCUGAAUAUCAGCGAUAGCUACGAUUUUCUCUGGGGAAAGACAAAGGCGGCCUUCAGGCAUGCCUAUAGGCAUUACCGCCAUGAGGCGGACUGGUUCUUUAAGGCCGACGACGAUACCUAUGCCAUAAUCGAGAAUAUGCGAUACAUGCUUUCCAGCUAUUCCCCGGAUACUCCGAUUCACUUUGGCUGCAACUUUCGGUUGGGGAAAGUUACUUAUAUGUCCGGUGGAGCUGGCUAUGUGCUCAGCAGGAAGGCCCUUCAGAUGUUCAUCACCCGAGGUAUCGGCAAAUCGAUGUGCAGGGCGAAAGGCGAAGGCACUGAGGACUAUCAAAUGGGUAUCUGCAUGAAUACGUUAAAUGUCACGGACGGUGACUCUAGGGACCACUAUAAUCGACAUAGAUUCUUUCCCAUCGGCCUAGAGUACUUUCUCAUACCAGGACGUGCCGACUUUAUCGAUUGGUUGAAAAAGUUUCAGAUUCAUACAUUCCAAAAGGGAAUCAAUUGCUGUUCAACCUAUUCGAUAACAAUGCACAAAGUAUCGCCCUAUGAAAUGCACUUUCUAGAAGCAGUUUUAUAUAGUGCCCGUCCCUAUGGCAUCAUAAUGGGGCAUCCCAGAACGAAGUGUGGAAAUCGCUCUGCCGUAGUCGUCCGAAGGGGCCAACAAUAAUCAAUUUGUCAGAUUCAAGAUGUACAUAUGUCAUAAAUAAAUAAGUAAACGUGUA